UUUGUGAAGGAGACAUAUCAGAUUCAUAAAGGAAAUCAUUUCCUCCCUAUUCAUGGAAUCUCUGCAUCAAGCUAUCAUUCCUGGGUUGCCUGAUGACUUGGCAUUGAGGUGCCUGACAAAGCUGUCUCAUGGAUACCAUGGACUGGUUGAAACUGUUUCAAAGAAAUGGAAAGAUUUGAUCCGAAGCUCGGACUUUGCCAACUAUAAAGCGAGAGAGGGAUUGUGUGGAAACUGGUUGUUUGUUCUGACUGAAGGCUCUGACAAUGAGUGGGUUGCUUAUGAUCCUGAGGCUGAUAGGUGGCAUCCUCUGCCUAAGAUUCCCUCUGUCCAUGCUGAGGGGAGACACUAUGGGUUUUCAUGUAUUAGUGUUUGCAAUCAGUUUUUUGUAAUUGGAGGGUCCUAUUCUCGGGUAAAUCCUGCAUUUCCUCAUCAUAGGCCUUUGGUAACAAAUGAGGUCAUGCAGUUUGAUCCAUUUCAGAAACAAUGGACCAAUGUGGCAAGCAUGAUUACUCCCCGCUCUCACUUUGCAUGUAGUGUUGUAUCUGGUAAAAUUUAUGUUGCUGGGGGACGUAACUUAUCUUGCACCAGAGGGCUUGCUCUUGCCGAGGUCUAUGAUCCAGUGGCUGACAAAUGGGAGGAGUUGCCACCAAUGCCUCAUGCCCAGAUGGACUGCCUAGGCUUAUCCUACAAAGGGAAAUUUCAUGUUCUUAGCGACCAAGUAGGCCUGCGAGACCAAAAUACGUCUGAGGUGUUUAGCUUAUCUGAUGGAACAUGGUGUACAAUGGAAGACAUUUGGCCUUUUUCAAGGUCAAUGCAAUUUGCAGUUCAGGUGAUAGGAGAUAAUCGAGUGUAUACUGUUGUAGAUUGGGGUGAGAGCUUGAUUAAAACAAGAGACACUGAAAAAGGAGAGUGGUACAACUUAGGCUCAGUUCCAUCUGUGGUUCUUCCUGAUCAUUGUCGGCAAGUGGAGGCCUUUGGUUAUGGUUUUGCUGCCUUACAACAUGAAUUAUAUGUCCUAGGAGGAAAGGCUCUCAAGUGGGAACAAUCAGGUGCUGGGAGGUUUGACAUUGUGAAGUUGGAUUUGGUGAGGGUUUGUAACCCCUUGGUUAAGCCAUUGAAAUGGAGGGAAACUAGACCCAUGAUUGGGUCAGCUCGUGGCGCUGUCAUAGGGUGUGCAUCCAUGGAAGAAUAAUCUUUAGGUGACCAAGGCUUUAUUCUGUUGGGGAAGUCAUCCUUUCCUGUUCAGCCCUACCAAAUGCGUACCAUGUCAAAGUCGAAACCAGGAUCAUCACCUUACAAACUCCAUUCAUCAAAGAGGAGAGAAUGCAUACACAGCAGGUGUUCCAGAA